UAUCAACGCAGAAUCAGCUGAUGUUGUCAUGUGUCAAACUUACAGAGAAGAAAACUGACAAAUCACAACAACGCAUAUUUGCUCCGCGUAAUUAAAACAUUUAUCACCCGCAAUAAUAAUGAUAAGCGGUCUAUAAGUCAUGGCAAAUAGCUUACGUUGAAAGUAAUCAAAGUGUUACGGACCUAGAACAAAAAGAAAUCGUGUAAAACUACCAAAAAUGAACUCACUCAAGGUCACAAUUCUAGUUUUACUUUGCAUUUUUUAUGGUGCAUAUGGUGAGUCAAGUUCGGCUGCACCCAACGAUCUGAGCCCCAAAUCAUCAUCUGAACCAGAUGUGAAUAUUACGACAAUACCACAGCUGCAAGAGGAGCCGUCAGAAAUAGUAAAAGUUGUGUCGAAAAAUGAGACUACAUCAACCACCAAUGCACCGCUACCGAAUUCAAAUGCCGUCCAACAAGAACAUAACAAUUCCAUGGCAAUAUUCUUUGUGCUGUGUGUGAUUGCUCUAGGCAUUCUACUCAUUCAUUUGAUGUUGCAAACUGGUUUCCAAUACCUGCCGGAAUCCAUUGUCGUUGUGUUCCUGGGAGCUUUGAUUGGCCUGUUGAUCAAUUUGUUGUCGGACCAAAAUAUUGCCAAUUGGAAAAGAGAAGAAGUGUUUUCGCCGACAGCGUUCUUCUUGGUACUCCUACCGCCCAUCAUAUUCGAAUCGGGCUACAAUUUGCACAAGGGCAACUUUUUCCAAAACAUCGGAUCGAUUUUGGUGUUUGCGAUCAUUGGAACGACCAUUUCUGCCUUGGUCAUUGGCAGUGGCAUUUACAUUCUUGGGCUGGCGGACGUUGCAUACAAAUUGAAUUUUGUUGAAUCGUUUGCGUUCGGCAGUUUAAUUAGUGCUGUCGAUCCAGUGGCAACUGUUGCCAUCUUUCAUGCAUUGGACGUAGAUCCGAUUUUGAACAUGUUGGUUUUUGGCGAAAGUAUUUUGAACGACGCAGUAUCCAUUGUACUUACAACAACCAUGACCAGCACACCGUCUCUGAAACAUGCUGGCACAGGCGAGGCAAUUAUAUCCGCCUUGAGUACGUUUUUCACAAUGUUUUUCGCCUCGGCCGGCAUCGGUGUAGUAUUUGCCCUGAUCAGUGCAUUGCUGUUGAAACACAUCGAUUUACGGAAGCAUCCGUCGUUGGAAUUCGGCAUUAUGUUGGUGUUCACCUACGCUCCGUACGUGUUGGCCGAAGGGAUUCGAUUGUCCGGAAUUAUGGCGAUAUUAUUUUGUGGAAUCGUCAUGUCGCACUACACCCAUUUCAAUCUAUCGACAGUCACACAAAUAACGAUGCAACAAACGAUGCGAACGUUUGCGUUCAUCUGCGAGACCUGCGUAUUUGCCUACCUUGGUCUGGCCAUAUUUUCGUUUAAUCAUCGCUGCGAAAUUGCUUUGGUCAUUUGGUCGUUGAUUCUAUGCCUGAUUGGACGUGCGUGCAAUAUUUUCCCAUUGGCGUAUAUGGUCAAUAAGUUCCGGGAACACAAAAUCACCAACAAGAUGCAGUUCAUCAUGUGGUUCUCUGGACUGCGUGGCGCCAUUUCGUAUGCACUGUCAUUGCAUUUGGAGUUAUCAAGCGAGGAAAGUCGGCGAGUCAUGAUCACAACCACACUGAUCAUCGUAUUGUUCACGACAUUGGUCCUCGGCGGCAGUACCAUGCCUCUGCUCAAGUAUUUGUCCCCCAGCAAGAAAGUGAAGAAACCGCACAAGAAAGUGCGUGGCCGUCGACGUGAAAAUUCCGUUUCGCUCAGUAAGACCCGUGAGUGGGGACAUGCCAUUGAUUCCGAACAUUUGUCGGAGCUAACCGAAGAAGAUGAAGUCAGUUUUGCUCAAUCAAAGCUUGGUGGCUUUGCCCGCUUAGAUAGGAAAUAUUUUACGCCAUUUUUCACCAGACGAUUUACGACACAAGAAUUGCAUGACUGUAAGAGUCAAAUGACUGAUUUAACGAACAAAUGGUACCAGGCCAUACGAAUAUCGCCGGAGGAACAUACCGACGAUGAGGAUGAUAGGCCGGCGUCUGAAGCAUCCGCAUCGACAUCAGUGUCGAGGUCGUCUAGUCAGAAGAACUUGUGUGCCAAUACUUAACUUGUAUUUUGCGUAUUAUUAUUGGGAUAGGGGGACGAUGUGACGUUGAUGAGUGAAUGUGAAAGUUCGAUUUACUGGGUGGCCAUUAUCGCUGUUUUUGGUUGAUUGGUGGUUUUUAAGUUGAUUCUUACGCACAGUUUUGGUACAAUUUUGUUGUAUUUUUUGUUAAACUUUGUUGGCAGCAUGAAGGUGCUGUGGUAAUUUAUGGUAUUCGCAGAAGUUCCUUUCAGUUUGUGUUAUAGUUUUAGGUAAAUUGGAUACAAAAACCACAGAGAAAAUGUUUAUUUUGUUAAAUUAUUUUUGUGCAAAGCAUCAAUAAAUUCGUAAGUGAUACGCA